AUGUCCUUCAGCCCCAAACACUCCACUCCUUUCUCAGUCUCCGACAUUCUCAGCCCCAUGGAGGACAGCUACCGGAGGUUCGGAGGGAUGGACCCCACCGUGGGGAGCCUCGGGUCCCCGCUGGGCGCCUACCGGCAGCCGCAGGUCUCUCAGCAUCAGCAGCAGGGUCAGCAGCACCAUCACCACCACCACCAUCACCACCACCACCUCUCCUCGUCUUCAUCCUCAUCCUCCUCCUCCUCUUCCUCAGCCUCAGCAGCAGCAGCAGCCGCCGCGCUGGGACCCGGCGGGCCCUAUCACGUUUCCCACGGGGUGCCGCAGUUCUCCGGGGCCGUCAGCGGCUUCUGCAACGGCGGGAUCGGGAACGUGGGAGAGCUGCCGUCCUACCAGGAGACCGUGAGGGGCGGAGGGGCUGCAGCGGCGUGGUACAGCAACCCAGAGCCCAGAUACCCUACAAUUUCCAGAUUCAUGGGCCCCUCCGCUGGGAUGAACAUGUCCGGGAUGGUGAGCUCUCUGGCUGGGAUGGACUCCAGCACCAAGUCCAUGGUGACACUGCACGCGGCGCCGCGCAGGAAGCGGCGUGUGCUCUUCUCACAGGCGCAGGUGUACGAGCUGGAGCGGCGCUUCAAGCAGCAGAAGUACCUGUCGGCGCCGGAGAGGGAGCACCUGGCCGGACUCAUCCACCUCACGCCGAACCAGGUCAAGAUCUGGUUCCAGAACCAUCGGUACAAGCUGAAGCGGCAGGCCAAGGACAAGAGCACGCAGCAGCUGCAGGAAGGAGGCGGCGGCGGGGGAGGCGGUCUGUGCCGCUCCUCCUCCGUGUCUCCGGUUCUCUCGAAGACCGGGAAGAGCUGCAGGAGCGACUCCAGCGGCUCCAACCAGACUGGAAACAGACAGAGCGGUGCGGGGGAGGCCCUGCAGCAGACCCCGCAGCAGCAGCUGAACCAGCUGUCGUCCACGGAGGAGCUGGAGGAUUUGUCCCCGAGUCCUCCGCUGGGACUGCACGCACAGAUCAACAUGACGCAGACGGACGCGGCGCUAAUCGAGUACACGAACAGCAUGAUCGGCUCCAAUUUACUCUACGGGAGGACUUGGUAGUAGAGGAUUUCUGGGACAAAGAGUGCCAGACGUUUUAUUCCUCUUUGUUCUCUCUGUGUGUAAAGUUCAGGCUCCUUUAAGCCAGGGGUGGGCAAGUGGCGGCCCGUGGACCACAUGUGGCCUCUUUCCUCACUUAAUGCGGCCCGAGAGUCGAUUCCCAACAUCAACAAAAUUAGAAUAUGAAGUAAAAAUGACAUAAUCUGCCCAGAAAUUAUUUCACCUGAGAGAAAUAAAACACAAUGAACAAAUUAGAGAAUGAAAAAUAAAUAUUUUUACAUACAAGCUUGGAUUCCUCUUUUGUUCUUGCUAAUUCGCUCUAACUGCUUCUGUAAAACUUUUAAAUUUAACUAAAAAUAAAUAAACCAAAGUAAGAAAACUGAAAACGCAAUUCAAUGCAAUGAAACCCGCUUGAAUCCUGCAUGAAGCUCAUUAAACCAGACCUCAGUAUUCAUGUUUAGAGGUGUGAAUGCUGCUGCAGCUGAUUGGCUCACAGUUUUAGAUUUGCUCUGCUCGUGAAGUACUGACUCACUAUGAUUGUGUUUCUCUGACCAGAGAUGCCCAUCCCUGUUUUAUGCACAGCAGAGCUCAAAGACCCACGGAGUUCUGGAGCCAAAAGGUGCAAAAAUAAAAAAUACAGACUGUAUAUUAGAGCCUGGAGCGGCUCUGAAUGUUCCUAAUUAUGUUCUUCUUCCUUUGCAAAUCCAAUAUGUUUGGUCUUCUUUCUUUGUAAUGAAAGGAUGUGAUUUCAGUGGCUGAAUGUGAGGAGUUUCAGGGUGCUUCCCGUCUACAUUUAAAUUAUUACAGGUUGUUCAAUGAAGUGAAGCUGCAGCUUUUUCCUGGUUUGAACACAUUAUUUUCAUUUCUCAUUGAAUAUUUCUGUUGUUUAAAUUGUUUUGAGUUUGAAUAAACUUUUAUUUCGA